AUGGCGGCUCUUCAGUCCGCGGAGGAGAUGGCCAUCCCCGGCUCGACGUACUUUGGCGCCUUCGCGGAAACAAAGCCAGAGGAACCGACCGAUGAGGUUCUGAAUGAACUGCGUACCCUGCUGGACCAUGUGCGCGUUUCGAACUGCAUGGAUACGGUUGUGAAAACGCAGUGCACCUACAGCUUGGAUAGCCCGCUGUCGCCUUGCGGUCUGUUCGUUAACUUGUCGACCUUCCUCGCGACCUCCAUCGACGCACUUCCUCUGGAUUGCCUUCUGCGUGCGGCCAACGGCGCCUCGAGAUCCAGCACGCCGUCCGCCUCUGCGGAGAGAUGCGUCCGCCCAAGCCAGCGUCUGUAUCUCCACGUCUGCUCGAAAGUCGACGACGAGCAGGCAGGGAAGAUUCACCAGAAGCUAGCACAGGCUUCAGCCAAGAGACCGCACGACCCCGGAGACGACGCGCAAGACUCCUCAGCACGGCCGCCAAACGGGACGGAGAAUGCGUCUGCCGCAGACCAGACAGACGCGCCUCAACCUCACAAGCUGGCCAUCAACGUAGAAGGGGGAUUCCAGAUCGAAGAGAACAGCGGCGACGCGUGCCCGUCCGCGCUCAGCAACACCUUUGUAUACUCUCUCGUUCUUCUUCCUCCUGUCCUCACGCUUCCUGCGAAUCCGUAUCGCGCGUCUUACCUCUGUGCGCCGGCGUCUUCGUCGCAAGACGCGGAAGCUGCGUUCCAUUCGCACCAGCUGGCUCAGAUCGCGUGGGAGCGAAGCCUGUUGAAGCAGCUGAAAUUCGUUCAGCUGAGCGACAAGCUGCCUGAGAUGAUUCGCGCAGCGUGCCAGGCACUCAUUGAACACCGCAGCACAGGUGCAGCAGCCUCCUCUGCGGGACUAGGCGCGUGGGAAGAAGAGAUCAAGGCCAGCAAAUACGCGUCGAAUCUGCAGCAGGUCGCGGACGCGCCGCGCGUGGGUCCGACAGACUGGCGCUGCGCCGACUGCGGAGCCACGGCGAAUCUGUGGCUGAAUCUGUCAGACGGGUAUAUCGGAUGCGGCCGCAAGCUCUACGGAAUCGGCGGCGGGUGCGCAGACGGCCGUGAGGGAGCAGCUAUCCGGCACUUCGAAGACACGGGGAAGAAGUACCCGCUGAUUGUCAAGUUGGGGACUAUCACGCCGUACUCGGCGGACGUCUAUUCGUACGCGGCAGACGAAGACUCCACGGUGCUGGACCCGCACCUGCCUGAGCACCUGGCACACUUCGGCAUCAACGUGCAGCAGCUGACCAAGACGGAGAAGAGUACGAACGAGCUGGCUCUCGACUGGAAUGUCCAGCACGAAUGGUCCAGGGCGAUGGAGGCGGAUCGCGAGCUGCUUCCCUGCAACGGCGCGGGCUGUGUCGGCUUGCGCAACCUGGGCAACACGUGCUACAUCAACGCCGUUCUCCAGGCGGUGACGUCGCUCCCGUUGUUCCGCGAGAAGUAUGUGACGCUGCUGCCUGCGCUGUUCGCGUCGCUCGCGCCGGCUUCGGCGGGGUCGCACGCGGUGGCUUCAGACUUCCUGCUGAAGCAAAGCGCGCUCGCCGCCGCGCUGCAGACGCCGCGUUACAGGUUGCAGCACGCGCGAAGGAGGGAGGCGAUUCUGCACAAAAUCGCGCAGGCGCGGCGCCUGGCGGCGGAGACCCGCACGGAGGCAGGCGAGGAGGUCACCCCCGAAAUGCUCCACGAGUGCGAGAAGCAGAUCGCCGCGAACGCAAGCGCCGCCCAGUGCUUGGCGUACCUAGAGACCGACAGCGUGACACCGCAGCUGUAUCGGCAGCUCGUCGGCACGCUGCACGCGGAGUUCGCGACGUCGCACCAGCAAGAUGCUGAGGAGUUUUUCUCUCUCCUUCUCCAGUGGCUUGAAGAGCGCGACCGCGAGGCGAAGAGCCGCGUGCGAGAGGCGCGGCAGCGACUGGCCGCGUCUCAGGGCGAGGGCGGAAACGCGGAGAAGGAGCUUCUGCUCGCUGCGGCGUUCGAUGAAGCCGACGCAACCCUGGCGGAGAGCGCACUGAACAAGGGCAAAAUAGAAAAACUCUUCACGUUCGCUGUGGAGCAGCGCAUCGAGUGCGCGGAGACGAAGCAAGUUCGCUACUCGUACACGCGGCAGCAGAUCCUGGCGCUGCCGGUGCCUGUCGACCCCGCCAUUCAGGAACGCUUUGAGCAGACGCAGCUCGAGCACGAGGAGGCUGAGCGCCGUCUCAAGAAGCGGCAGAAGAAAGCGGAGGAAGACGGUCCGGGCACAGACAAAGAUCUCGAGGGGAGAUCUUCGCCUGACUCCACGACCACAGUCAGCAGCGAAAACGGGGUGGGGGGCGGCUUUUCGCCGGGCGGCGACGAGGCCUCGUGCCCGCCUCCUCCUGCGCAGCUCCCCGCGUUCACGCUGAACGAGUGCCUCGAGAGCUUCCUCGCGUCGACAGUCCUGAAGGACUUUUACUCGUCUGCCACGGGGAAGCGCGGGGAGGCGUCGAAGCAGCUUCGCCUCGCCUCCUUUCCACCGUACUUAGUCGUUCAGCUCAAGCGGUUUUUCGCCGACAAAAACUGGCAAGCGAAGAAGCUCUACUGCCCCGUGUUGGUGCCGGAGGAGGUGAACAUUGCCGAGUCGCGCGGCUCGGGGCUGAAGGCGGGCGAGGUGCUUCUGCCCGAAGAAGAGGAUGGUGGCAGUCGGCGCCCUUCAGCAGGGGGCGGGGCUGGCGCGGUUACGGCGUUCGACGAGGAGCUGCUCACGACGCUUCAGUCCAUGGGUUUCUCUGAGAACGCGUCCAAGCGCGCGUGUGUCGCUGCGCAGAGCAGCAGCCCGGACGCAUGCAUCGACUGGCUGAUGUCGCACAUGGACGACGCGGAUUUGAACGACCCGCUGCCCUCGUCGUCUCCCUCGUCGUCUGAAGCCGACGAGGCCGUAGCGAUGAUCUGCGGGAUGGGAUUUACGGUGGAGCAGGCCAAGGCGGGCCUGCUGGCGGUGGGCUCUGGCGGCGACGUGUGCGGCCGCGCAGCAGACUGGCUGUUGAAUCACAUGGACGACCUGGAGAGCGCUGUACGUACAGUGCUCGCGGAGGCGGAACAGAAAAACGCGAAGCAGGAGGAAGAUGCGGAGGAAGAGGACAGCGAGCCCCUCGAUGCGCUCAGUCCUUUCGAGAGAGCGCGACGCGGAUUGGAUGACAACCCGCAGGGCCGGUAUAAGCUUCACGCGUUCAUCACACACAUGGGAAAAAACGCAAACUCCGGUCACUACGUGUGUCACGUGAAACGUGGAGGGAAGCUCGUUCUGUUCAACGAUGAAAAAGUCGCAGAAGCUGUGGAGCCGCCUGUUGACCUCGGCUACAUUUAUGUCUUCCGGCGCUCGGAUAUCCCCGGCGACGAGGCGUGA